AGGGUGCCAAAUAGCGUCAGUAGCUUAUGAAGCCGUGGUUCGUUUAGCUCGAUGCUCGACUAGCUCGGUCUGACUGACAGGGUGAAAGUUGAAAGGUCGUACAAAUCUAAAUACUGGAGGCACGUGUAGGUUGAUACGCGAUUGUGGAACAGUAGCACAAUCUGCAGCAAUGGCUGCAAUCUACUCAGGUAUCCAUCUAAAGCUAAAGAGUCCUCAGACUCAGUGGGAGGACAAGUUAAAACUGGCACGCUUUGCCUGGAUCUCCUCCCAGUGCCUACUGCCCAAUAAGGAACAGGUGCUGUUAGACUGGUGUACCCAUGCUCUAACAGGCUGGUACCAUCAGAAGGUAGAGUUCUCUCACCAUGUUUUGGAAGGUCUGUGGUGUUACCUUGAUGAUCUGCUUCACAGUCGGAAGCUUCAUUUACAUCUUAAGCAGGGAAGAAGCAUCAGUCUAAGGCACAGCAUGGCACAGCUGCUGCUCGACCGCCUCCAGGAGUUUGCACGUGUUGACUCUAAGCCAUUAGUGAGUUUGUCCACCAUACUGAGUGUGUGUCAGGGCAUAUUCUCCUCGCCUGUUCUCUCAUCGGUCUUCACCACUAAAUACGAGCUUAUGGUUGAUCUGCUGACCAAGGCCUGCUUUUUGUCCUGCUGUGAGCUACAGCAGCCGCUGUUCACAAAACCACUUAAGUCAGAGUCUGUCACAUGUCAAGAUGAGAUGAUAACUGAGUGUUCUGCUGCUAAUUUGGACUCUUUUGACCCUCCCCCCAAUGAUUCAGAGUUGGAUAAUAAUUGUUUUUUGAAGCCAAAAGAAAGUCAUCGUUCAUCCAGUUUGUUUGAGGUCUUGCUUCAGGUGUUGUCAUGCUAUUUGUCAGUUCAGCGACAACAAGCCAACCCUAACAGAGUUUUUACUAUGGUAACAAACCAUCUGAUCCAGCCAUUAGUUUUACUCCGAUAUCUGUUGACUUCUGGGGAAUUUGUAUCGUCCCAUACUUGUUUAUGUCUCCAUCAGCAACUAAGCAGAGACAUUCGUGUUAAAAUAGACUCUGUUCUCCAGUUAGCGCUUUUCCUGCCUGAACUCGUUGCUUCGUACAAGGAGGAGCUCCUUCCAUGUAAUAAGGAUUCUGGAAAAGGUGGUUCUGGGGGGACAAAAGGGCCCUUGAAGCCAGUCAGUACUAUAAUGUCCAAAUUGAGUGCUGAGGGGCAUUGUGAGCCGUCCUUACACUACUCAGUGAAGUCCAGUACUUCAUCUAUACUGUUUAAGUUUUUUGUGGAAAGUUAUGCAAAAGGAAGGGAAGAAAGUGUGGAAGAGCAGAGAAUGCUGUGCUUCUACUUUUUAAUCAGAUUGGUCCCAGUUUUGGAUCUGAAUCUCAAUGAACACUCACCAGGGAAAGCAGAACAGCCACCGUCUUCCCCACAGAGCUGGAGCCUGGCCCUGCUGGCUGUGGAGUCCCUGCUCAGCCAGGCGUUCUCAGCUGAUAUUUAUAACGUAGCCGCUGACAGGAUACGGCAUAAAGAGGUCCAACUGAGGUUUUACAAGGCCCUGUCUCAAAUGCUAUUCAACCAGGCACAGCCAAGUAUUCCAGUGUGGUACCGCUGUUUGAAGGUGCUGUUGAGUCUCAACCAUCUGAUUCUUGAACCCGACCUGGACCAGCUGUUAUCUUCAGCCUGGGUUAAUUCUGAAUGCAUGGAGGCACGGGUGCAGCGGGCCAGACAGCUCAUGGUGUGCAGUCUUCUUCAGACCUACACAAAGCUUCGUCAGCUCCCUCGCUUGUUUUCUGAGCUCCUGACUGUGAUCUGUCAGCCAUCUCUGGACCAACUCCGACCUCCUCUGCUCUCUGAGGCUGUCUCCACGUCCCUCAGGACUAGUCUUCUGGAUACACCCCCAUCUCAGUGCCUAGAGAUCUGCUCACUAGUGUUGGAUAGCAUCAGGACACAUAUACUUCCUGACCUGUUAAAACAAGGAGGAGCGGAGGAGACAAUGGAGAUCGUUGGAGGAGGAUAUGAUAAGGCGGAGAAAAGACUGGACCAAGAAAAAAACGAUGCAUCUGUCAAGCUCUUUUCCCACAGUCAGCUUCUUCAUGCUGUUCUAUUCAAUCUGAAGAGUGUGGACAAUACAUCUCCUGUUCCCUUAAUCAGACAGAGUCAACGUCUAAUGGAGGGGAUGCAGCAGCUAAUCAAGGAAUUACUAGAGCUUCUGUUAAAAGAAAAAAACACAAGUUCAGUACAAAAGACUCCAAAAAAAGGCAAAAAGAAUUUGAAACCCAGGGAAUCAGAGAGGGGAGUUCUGUGGAAACAGAAGACCCUGGAGGCUGCUCUUCUUCUUAGGUACACCUGGGUGGAAGUGGACAUGUGUUUUGAUAUCCACUGUAGUAAAUACACAUCUCUUGAUUCAGCCCAACUCACAGCCGCAGGGGAGACGGAGGACGGAGGUAGGGCUCCUGUCCUAGAUCACAUAGAGAGUCUAGUGUCUGGUAACAUUCUACCAGCACCUCUCCAUCCCUCACCCUCCUGCAGCCCCAUGAGUUGUUUACUUCUCAAACUCCUCGUUUUACAGCAGAUGAAGAAGGUUUUGUUAGAUGGCACCUUACGUAGGGAGCAUGGCUCUACAUUGCAGUUAAACAGGGCUGCGCACUGUAUUUUGGCUAAAUCUGAGUUUGAGGGGAGUCUGGAUGGAGAGCAGCUGUGGGACGGCCAGGUAGACAGUGUGAGUGCCACCUCCUACCGUGUAGCCCACUGGUAUCUGAUCACAACGAACUUGCCUUUGAUUGCUCCCUACCUGAGUGAGGAAGACGUGCGCUGCUUCGCGGAUGUUCUAAUGAGUUCAUUCCUCAGCGAGCAGCCAGUCAGAGGGGAGAACCAGCUGCCCAGCAGCCUCACUGUCUCCCUUAUAUCUUCACAGCUUCUCCAAAGCUCGAUGCUGGCAGAGUUGCCGUCGCUUUUCUCUGCCACAGUUGGUUCCCUCACACAAAGGAUUAUUGGUGUCCUUGUGGCAGCACAUGGACACAAGGUUUGUUCUACACUCCUAAAGUUUCAGGAAGUAGGGAUCAAAUCGAGUCACCCUCUGUCCAAGCCAGAGGGAAAGGAGACCAUAGCUGAGGAUAUACUGGAGGCUUCUAAGACUGGACUAGUGUUUGUGUUGCUAAAUGCUCAACAAACAAAGGAACUGAUGAACACACUUAGGAUCUUAACAAGUCUAAACCCAGAUGGGAUGAGCUCUGAGGAUCUCUCCUCUAUUUUCCUGCUUCUCCUCUUCGUGCUCACCUCCACCUCCCGUCUGUCAGACCAAGCUGCUUUAGAUCAUUGUGACCCUGGAGACGAUGCUACGUUCCUGGUGCAACUGCUCAGGUUACUGACCUGCCUCAUGGGAGGUAGGAACUUCCAGGGUGUUUUGAAAUUCAUCCAUGGUGGUUCUCUGCUGCAGGCUGCCGUGUCUUCUCUCCUCUGGCACAGCAACAGUGGAAGGUUUCGAGCAACACAUAGCGCUGAUUGGCUGGAUUUAAUCAAAGCAGUGCAGGACUUCAUCACAGCCUUGGUGCAAUUGAUUAUAAACAGAAGCAGCAGUGUUAAAAUAAAUCUGGACCAGUUCGCCUCCUUUCUCACCAGUAAGAAAAUACCAAACAGGCAAAUUGUUGCAUCUAGUUCAGCAGCAGCCACAAGUGAACUAAACCCAGGAGCCUCUGUCUUGUCUGUUCAUCUGUUAUUAGCAUCACUGGCUGCUUUCUCCCAGAUGCUGACUUCUAAUCUGGGAAGAAGCAAACCCCUGGAUCAAACGUUCACCCAAAUACUCAAAAGUACAAAUGCUUCACUGGGAUCAGCUGUUGAGUCUGUCCUAAAGACACAGGGUGGGGUGUUCCAUCAAGCCGGCCUCCUCAGCCAGGCCUUUGUUGUGAACAUCGUCAGUGCCAUGCUGCACUGUGAACUAUCUGUGCUGUCUGUGGAGGUUGAGAACAAACUCACCCUGCAAAACAUGAGCUUUUAUCAGAGCUUCUGCCAGCAGAUACUCAGAGAAAUGAGUUCUGCACCCAGGCCUGUGGACUUCCUCGUGUCCUCCUUCAGUUUCCUGUCCACUUUCUAUGAAGCAGUGGGGAGAACACGAGGGGAGGGACAGGAGGCGCGAGAAGAGGAGGAGGAGGUGGGAGGAGAAGAGCAGGAUGAGCUAUACAUUCAGAUCCUGGACAAAGUUCACAGACUGCUGACAGCUUCGUGGUUAUCGUCUGCUGAUGCUAGUGAGCUGGAGUCUGCUUUGAAUGACCUGCUACGCCACCUUUUGGUAAAAUGCACUAAAGCUCAGUUCAGCCAGCUGCUCCUGAUGAUCCGAGAAGGACUGGACGUGUGCAAGCUGAGGGCUGGAAACUACAAGGAGGUGCUGUCUGCUGUAACUAUCACAAAGCUGCUCUCCUCUUGUCAGUUACCUGAAGCCUGCUCUAAAGCUCUGUGGCUCAUUGCACCACAGAUAAUAUCUGCUAUGGUGUUUUUGGUGCGAUCGUCUGCUGAGGACGUCUCUCUGACUCCUGCCUUCACGGUCCCCACGGUGACGUCAGUGACGUCUCUGCUGCGGCAGGGCGAGCGCCGCUUCCCCAACCCGCACCAUGUGACCUUGGUCCUUGGAGCGCUGCAGUCGGUGCCCCUGCACCAUCUGACCCCAGCUGUGUACCGGUUAGCCUUCCUGUGUGUUCACGAGGCGCUGUUUGCCAUCGUUCAGUGUCAUCCUCAGGUGUUGCUGAAUGUGGCUCCAUCCUUCCUAAACGUCUUCUACCGCCUGGUGGCGUCCAUCAUGCAGGAGGGUCGGCAGAGAGGAGACAGUGACACAGGCACUGACGUCUAUGUCCAGUGCUCCAGACUGGUAGAAAGGAUGUACUCUCACAUCGCUGCCAUGGCGGAGACCUUCACCUCCCAGUCGGUCUUCAUGGUAGCUCAAUAUGUCACCGAGCUGCAGAAGGUCACUCUGCGACCGGACGUUAAGCUGCAUCUCACCGAGGGGAUCUAUCAGAUCCUGGACCUGUGCGUGGAGCAGGACAUCAAGUUUGUGCUGGCCGGCCUGCCGACGGGGGUCAGGGAGGUGUUCAACGAGCUGUACGCCAGCUACACCCAUUACCACAAGGCCCAGAGGCAAGGAGAGGACAAAUACACAGUUUGAACGAGCCCCAGCUUAGCUAAAUCACAAUAAAUGUCUUAUGUGGAAGAACUAUGUUUAUGUGCAAUUCCUGGCUUUGUUAUUGAAAAUGAAGAUAUUUAAUCAAGCAGAAAUAGUUAAAUAGAGGAAAAUUGACUUGUGCAUUAUGAAUUUGUGUGCUUUAUAUUCAGUCAUUUCAUUUUGCAGAUAAAUUUACGCUCAGCCAGUCGCAGUGUGUUGAGCACGGGGAUCAAACCGGGCACUGAUGCGUUGAGCAUUUUAGCCAAAACACAAAUCACUUUUAUCUACCGAGGAAACCGCAUUAUAUGCAUUAUAUAUAAAUGAGGAAGUGUGGGCUGAACCGUGACAUCCUGCUGAUUAGCGCUGCCUCAUCUGGAGAGCAUAGAUAGCACAUAUGGAGUAGGGGACUGGCCUGUUCCCUUUUUAAACCUCUUAGCCUAAACACACAUUGUCCCUUUUCAACCACAUCAACUACAGGUAAUGUCCAGAAUCAGAUUUAGUUAUAUCAGGACAUGUUGGACCUGAGACCAAUUGAAUAAAAAUAAAUAAAAGAACAUUCCAGUGGGCGUUGUGUGCUUCACUGGCUGCAGCAGCCUCUGAAUGUCUGCCUUUCUCCAUCAGCUGAUGAGGGAGAAGUUCUUCUCUUCACCAGUGAAGGUGUAAAUCCGUCCUUGCAGCGCCUCGAGCAGAAGCGCUGUCGUCCCAGUAGCAUCUCUGUUCACAAACCGCUCUGACAGUUUCCUCUGUUUUACUCUGAAUAGAUUUAAUGAGCUGUUGAUUCACGGGCUGGCAGCGAGUGACAGCUCUGGCUUUUCAUGCUGUAAACUGAUCCGUUAAACUGACAUUGUUUGUAAACACUGAUGCGAAAAAUAAAGUUAGAAACAA